AUGUCGCCAAACACAGUCUUCGAGAACCUGGACAGCGUGGACAGAUUAAAGAAUGCGGAAGGCUACCCGCUGUGGAAAUUCCAAGUAGGUAUAAUACUAAAAGCCAGUGACCUUUACGGCAAUGUAAUAACACUGCCUGCGGUCGAAUUGCAAACCGAGCAGUGGAAGAAGAACGACGCAAAGGCGCAAAAAGUGAUAGUCACGACGGUGGACAAGCAAUCGCUGAUACACAUUAUGAGUUGCGAGUCGAGCCACGAUAUGUGGGAAAAAUUAAAGAGUAUAUACGAGAGAGACUCGGAGCAGAACAAAUACGUGUUGAUGCAAAAAUUCUUUGAGACAAAGAAACCGAAACCCACCGACAUGGCCACACACGUUGCCGAGUUGAAAAACAUAGUUUUUAGACUGAAGGCGCUGGGAGUGAAUAUAACGGACGAGAUGUUGAUUUCUAAAAUAUUAACUACGCUGCCCGAGAAGUAUAAAUUUUUUGCAAGUGCGUGGGAAUCCGUCAGUAAGCAGGAAAGGACGUUGCCGAAUCUGACUGCGAGGCUCCUGGCAGAAGAAACAAGGAAUAAUGUAGAAGAAGAAGAGGAGCAGCUGGCACUCAAGACAGAAGAACGCAAGUGCUUCAAGUGCGGAAAGAGGGGACACCUGGCCCGCUCAUGCAAAGGAGCAGGCAGUAAAAGCGUGAAAUGCUACGCGUGCAAAAAAAACAGGACACAGCGCCAAGGACUGUAG